CCCCCCCCCCCCUCUCUCUCUCUGUCUGUGUAUGUAUAUGUGCGUAUCUGUUGUCGUUGCCAGCAAAAUAAAGUUGCUGAAUUGCGGGGGUUUUCUUCUUCUUUCCUUAUAAACAGGAAAUCUUUGACUCCAUGACCUUCAAGAUUUUUUGUAAUCUAUAAGGUGGAGAUUUGGGUUCUUUAAAUUCUUUAACAUUUUCCAGUUGGGAUCUUUUUCAAACCCCUCAGAUUUUGUGUUUUCCAGAUUUUGGGUAUCCAGAAAAUAUGGUGGGGAUAUGGUGGAUGACUUACCAUUUAUGAUAAUCCCUUUCGGUUCUCCUUUAAAUUCCAAGAUUUCUUGUUAAUUUUUCAUGGCUCAGAGGGAGGAUGGCUCAAGAAGAACAAAUUCUAAGGAGCAGUUAUAGUGGUAGCGGCGGCGGAGGCGGAGGCGGGGGUGGUGGUAGCGGCGGCGGAAGCGGCGGUGGAGGUAACUGUUGUAGUGGUGGUGUCAGUAGUAAUAGAUCUAAAAACGUUAAGCAAAAAAAAGUGCCACAGAGAGGGUUAGGUGUUGCACAGCUCGAGAAGAUUAGAUUGGAAGAACAGAGGAAAAAAGAAGCUUUACAAGCAGCUAAUGUUUUAGCCAAUAAUGCUAUUGGUUCACCUAGUGAUACUGCUUCUGUUCAAUGCCCCAAUUUUGGGUCAAGUCUUUCUCCUUCUCCAAAUUCAGUUCCUCUGCCACAGUCACCAACUAAUUUCCCUUCACCAAAUGCAUUGUAUAGAUCAGCCCCACCAGUCCCAGUUCAGAUUACAAAGCAAUUAGACGGUGAAUUAGGUUUGCAGUUGAUUUCUGGUCCUGGAAAUGGCAAUUGGCCUAGAUUGUGGAAUGGAGAGUACAGUCAUGAAGGAGAGAAUCAAAGGGUAGAACAUCUUGGCUUUGCAUUUCGACCUCCGCAAGUGAAUUUACCAUAUGAAACGAAUGCUGCGGUUGUACCUCUUCCCAGUGUGCCUCAGAGAUCAUACCAACUUCAGCGACCAUCUUCGUCUUCUUCAGUGGUGAAUUUCUCUUCAGGGAUUUCACCAUCAUCAGUAUUAAGUUCCCAGAUGGAGCCCCCUUCAAACCAAAGUCUUCGUGGAAACAGCUAUACAUCGUCAAGGCCAGAGGAAGAUAAGAUGGUUGGCAUGAAGAGGUCCUACCCCUUCUCUCUGGAAAGUCCAACUGCCACUUCCUUCCCCGGCAAUUUUCAUCCUGCAAUUGCUGCUUCGAGAUCAAGAUCAGAUGAAUUACCUUCAUGUAGCAGUGAGUACACAGUCCCAACGGAACCAAGAAACAAAUACAUGAGAGAUGGUCCUUCCAACUCAAGUCCCCUGCAUGAGCAAAAUCCGAGCGACGUCAUCAGGGACAACCAGAGGCUAAAUGGAGAUUUUUUGACAUUGGCUCCUCCGGUGGCUGCUUCUCCACCUUUAAACUCAAAGUACAAACAUCCUUCCGGCUACUCCGGUCACCAAGGGGCAAAACUAUCAGAUUUUAAGUACUUAGCCACUCAGGAAAAUCUCAAAAGCCAAAUCCAUCAUCUGGAACCAGGCGGAUCAACAGAACAACCCUUCAGCUUCUUCCCAGUUAAGUUACAAAGCCAUGUAAACAAUGGCAAUGGUGAAAAGGGAGAAACAAUUGAUCUCAAUCUGAAGCUAUAGAAGCUUGCCUCAUGUGAGGAUGACGAAAGAGAGGAGAAAGUCUGUUUGAUUUCCUUCUUGCACUGUCCUUUAGCCAAAGGCAAAGCUUGGUUGUUGAAGCCACCAACCUUUUAGGUGCUUAGGCUUUCAUGUGCUUGGAUGUGGGGUACGUCCGAUACCAUUACUAGCAAUAAUCUUUGGCAUGUGAGAUCGUUGGGAUCCUGACUAUAAUUUUGUCAUGCCAUGCUUCUCAUGGGACCUUAACCCUAUACAUUAUUAUUACAUAAUUAGAAUUUUUGUUAAUAUUAAUUUGAUUGCAGGCGUCCAUGACUACCAAAUACGAUGACAAGCGUGUCGCCUUGAAAAUUUUCCAUGUCGAAUCAAAUGCAUGUGUUUUGUCUAGUCAGCUCUGCACUAAAAUCUUUCCUAGUACUUAGUAUGCCCCUUCACUGUCAUCAUGACUUGUGUUGGGAGAAUUUUGCAAAGAUGUAGACUAAUUGAUGCUCUUUUUCUUGCUCACAUAUUCUUGACUGCAGAGCGUUUGGUUUGAGGAAAAUCUAGUCAUAGUUUGCUAUUUUUGUUCCGACGGCCUUUCAACUCUGUGUGAAG